AUGGCGUCCAACCACCCUGCUUUCAGCUUCCACCAGAAGCAGGUGCUGAGGCAAGAGCUCACCCAAAUCCAGAAUAUCAUGGCCAGCACCAGCAAGAAUCCCAGCACCUCUACCCUCAACACCAUGGCAACCUAUCCUGGCUGCCAUAAGGUCACUCCAAGGUCUGAGACCCCCAUCAACAGUGUCAGUAACAGUUUGGAAAAUGUGCUACAUACAUCAACACAUUCCAUUGAGGAGUCAUUACCCAAGAGGCCUUCUGGGAAGCACUCCAAAGUGAGUGUUGAAAAAGUGGAAUUAAAGGGACUGGCACACAAGAAGAAUGAAAGAAACGUUGAAUAUUCCUUUGAGGUCCUGUGGUCUGAUUCUUCAGUGUCGUUGGUAACCAAAUCUUCCAGUGAAGUGACUGAAUUUAUUUCAAAGCUAUCUCAGCUGUAUCCAGAAGAAAACUUGGAGAAAUUCAUUCCUUGCCUAGCUGGUCCAGAUUCAUUUUACCUAGAACGGAACCACAUGGACCUGGAAUCGGACCUUAGGUAUUUGGCACCAUUACCUUCCCAUGUGGUGAAAAACGACCAUGUUAGAAAGUUCUUCAGCACUUCAUCUCCUUCACAGCAACUUCAGAGUUCAAAUCCUGGCAACCCCUCCCUUUAUAAAGUAGGAACUACGCUGGGAACAUCUGGAAGACCUAUAUGUGGAGUGGCUGGCAUUCAGUCUUCUCAGAAUCACGUUCAGCACUCGGCUGCUGCUCCCGUUGCACUACCCCACUGUUCCCACGCAGGAGGUACCGGCUCAUCGCUGGCCUAUCGCACCCAGAUGGACACCUCUUCUUCACCCAUGUUAAUGUCUUCCAGUCCACAGACCCCUCAGACACAGGAGCAAAACGGGAUCUUAGACUGGCUCAGGAAACUGCGGUUGCACAAAUACUAUCCUGUCUUCAAACAGCUCACAAUGGAGAAGUUUCUGAGUCUUACUGAGGAAGAUCUGAAUAAGUUUGAAUCCCUCACCAUGGGAGCAAAGAAGAAGCUCAAGACCCAGCUAGAGCUGGAGAAAGAAAAAUCGGAGAAACGGUGCCUAAACCCCACGACACCACCUUCGGUUACCAGCAGCGGUGUGGCAAGGGUUCCCCCUACGACGCAUGUUGGGCCAAUCCAGAGUAUUCGUGGCAACCAUGCUGCAGAGCUGCGAGUGGAUGUGGAUCAGCCAGCCCACCCACUGCCCCGGGAGGGCAGCUCUUCCGAGUAUUCCAGCUCUUCUUCCAGCCCCAUGGGGAUCCAGACAAGGGAAGAGAGCUCGGACAGCGCCGAGGAGAACGAGAGACGUUUAGAGAUUCACUUAGACGGUUCAGAAAAGGAGAAGCCAGUGAUGUUACUGAAUCAUUUCACUUCGAGCUCUGCCAGACCCACGGCUCAGGUCUUACCAGUGCAGAACGAUGCAGGCUCCAAUCCGUCCGGCCACCACGCUCUGCCAAUGCAAAUGAUGUCAGCAGCCUCUACUCAUAUCACCCCCAUUCGGAUGCUAAAUUCAGUGCAUAAAUCAGACCGUGGCAAUGCAGACAUGAAGCUACUUUCAUCGUCUAUGCAUUCUCUUUUAUCUUUAGAAGAAAGAAAUAAAGUUUCUCCUGGACCUAGGGGCAGCAUAAAAAUGGAAAAGAGCUUUGGAAAUACAGUGGUGGAUGUAAUGUCUGCCUCUUCUCCCCACCAGCCCUUGCAAGUGCUGUCAGGGGCUCCUGAGAACAGCUCGCCCACAUCUACUAUUAACUUUGGUCCUCGAACCAAAGUCGUACAUGCUUCGACUCUGGACAGAGUGAUAAAAACAGCUCAGCAGCCAGGAUUAAUAGUAGAAACGAGUACUGCUGCCACUGUAACAUCCAGCACAGUCUUCCACGUGGCUCGUCCACCCAUCAAACUCCUGGUGUCUUCGUCUCUUCCUACUGAUUCUGCCAUUGCCGGACAGACUUCCUGCUCCAGUAAUAUGCAAAUAACGGUGUCCCCUGCAAUAAUAAAUCCUCGGACUGCUCUGUACACAGCCAACACCAAAGUUGCCUUUUCUGCAAUGAGCAGCGUGCCAGUGGCGCCAAUGCAAGGCAGCUUCUGCGCAAACAGUAAUGCAGCCUCCUCCAGCAGCCACCCCUCCACAUCGUUUGCCACCAUGGCGAAUUUGCCCAGCUGCCCCGCACCCAGCUCCAGCCCCACGCUCUCGUCUGUUGCCGAGAACAACUUCUACAGCAGCAGCAGCAGCAGCAGCAUUUCAGGACCUUCAAUGUUUCCUUUUCCAUUUCUGCCCUUCAACCCUUUGGGUAGUAACGGCUACAUCAACACGCAGCAGUACAACAGCAGCACGACUUUCCCCGUGGUCCACACCGCUUACAACAGCGGUAUAGCACCGGACUCCGUAAUGACCGGGCAGUCGACGUUUGCCGUACCGCCAAUGCAGAACUUUAUGGCAGGGACAGCAGGGGUGUAUCAGGCACAGGGAAUGAUGGGAAACAGCAAUGGUUCAAGUCACAAAAAAAAUGGGAAUCUCUCCUGUUACAACUGCGGGGCCAGUGGUCACAGAGCUCAGGACUGCAAACAGCCUCCCAUGGAUUUCAAUCGACAAGGUACGUUUAGGCUGAAAUACGCACCUCCCUCUGAAAGUCUUGACUCCACAGACUGAUAUUUUAUCAUCUGGCGAGAAAAUACUGUAAGCCAUGGAGAUAUAAGGAGAUUGAAAUACAAAACUGAGACGUCCAGUUGCUGUUAAGCUUAAUGUAUUUUUUAAUCCAAAGGUGCUUUACUUUAUUAGACUAGGUAGAAAAUCUAGCUUAGGGGUGCAUCAAACCCAUUUUUGAUUGCCAAAUUCAAGCUUGGAUCUUGUUGUUGGAACUUCUGACUCCGUGUCGUAGGACCGAUGUGUGCUGGAUGGAUGGUGGAGCUGGCCGGCUGCAUUUUCUGUUGCAAGUACAACAUCCGACGUACUUUUUUUGCUGGCGAAUGUUGCCAUACGUGGACUUUCUAAGGUGAAACGUCUAACUCCAGGGCAGCUACAUUCUGAAGGGGAAGCUGGAGGCUGAAGGUAGGAGUGGCCAUUCGCCAGAAGGACUUUGGCACCCCUGGGCUAGGUAAAAUGUCUACUUUUUUUCAAAAGUGAUCAGGCACUAAUCUCUGGGAUUUUUAAGGAUUGCACUACAGAAGAAUGUAAAACUCUUCAAGCUUUCUGCACUUUUAGCAGACAGUGUCACUCUGAGACCAGUGCAAGAGGCAAAGAAGUUCCAACUUUUAAAAAUUGGCACCAGCAGGCUAUGUGAAUUAACUACACAAUAAAAAUCUUAAGUCAGUCUCUCCUUUC